CUUCUCAGACCAGUUUGUGGAUUCCCACUCAUCAGGAGACGAGACAGGGAGUGGGUGCUGGGGACUGGGGGAGGCCCUGGGAUGUGUCGUUCCCAGAGGAAUCCUCCUCAUGCCUUCCUUGUCAUCUGUUUAGAGUUGGGGAGAAGGAACUGUGGAAAUUGAGGAGAAAGAUUGAACAGCUUGAGACUCCCUUGCCGAACUUUUCCCCCCAAGGCAGGGUUCUGAAGGCUGCGCCACCGGAGGGAUCCAGGACCUCCGGUAGAGAGCUCACUCUACUCUGGUUUGCCCUCGGCAUGUGUGGGAGCAGUUUUUAUCAGAGAGACUGUUCAUCUUGCAAAUUAAAGUCUCCAUCUACGCCAGGAAAGCUCCAAGGAAGAUUCUAGUAUAUUAUCUCUCCUUUGUGGGGUGGUGGAGUUGUGUAGAAUGGUAGUUGUGCUUCUGCAGGCUUGUGGCCAAAGUCUGUGAAAUUGACUUUCGUUGGUUGUUUGAAUGGGAUUAUUCAGAGUGUUUUCUCCCUCUGCUCUGAAUAGUAGUAGCUUUUCUCUUCCUCCUCCCCACCUCUCACCUAAGUUACAAAGGCUCCUGAGGGUCAGUUAUUCUGGAGAAAACAUGAAGGAGCCCAGGCAGCGCAGAGAUAACCGGCGCCCAGAUCUGGAAAUCUAUAAGCCUGGUCUUUCCCGACUGAGGAACAAACCUAAAAUUAAGGAACCUUCUGGGAGUGAUGAAUUUAAGGAUGAAAUUGUUAAUGACAGAGAUUCCUCUGCUGUUGGAAAUGGUACCCAGCUCAUUAAAGACGUCUGCAGGGAACUGGAUAACCAACAUCAAAAUGGUCCUGUAGACCCCGAAACUAUUGGGACACAGGAGUCCUUUCCUAGAACUUCUGGACAAGAGGACCGAAGUCUAAGAAUUAUCAAAAGAACAAAGAAACCUGACAUGCAGAUCUACCAGCCUGGAAGGCGUUUGCAGGCUCUUUCCAAAGAAACGACUAACCGGGUGGGUGAGGAAGAAAUCCUCAACCAGGUGGAGCAACUGAGAGUAGAAGAAGAUGAGUAUAGGGGAAAUGUGAAAGAGGAGGUUGUGAAUAAACCGGACAAAGAUGAGGCAGAGAAGAGCCUAAAUGGUGACAGAGUAAGGGCUGCAAAGGGAGAAAAAGGAAAGAGGAUUGAGAAGGGGGAGGGGAUAAAGAAAGUAACUGAUGACCUGGCACAGGGGAAGCCAGGUUCUGCAAAACGCUACUCCCGCUCAGACAAACGAAGGAACCGCUACCGCACUUGUAGUACCAGCUCUGCGGGCAGCAACAACAGUGCUGAGGGGGCUGGCCCGAUUGAUAGUGGAUGUCGUCGCCGCCGACAGGAUCGGGCCAAGGAGAGGCCACGCCUGAAGAAGCAAGUAUCUAUGUCUUCAACUGAUUCUUUAGAUGAGGACAGAAUUGAUGAGCCUGAUGGACCCAGGAGGAGCUCGGAAAGGAAGAAACAUUUAGAAAGAAGCUGGUCUGGCCUUGGGGAGGGAGAGCAGAAAAGCAAUGGGAAAGAAAAUCGAGGCACUCUCCGUGUUACCUUUGAUGCAGAAACCAUAAACAAAGAUUCCCCCGUGGUGAGAUCAUCCAGGGAGGAUGUGGAUAGGAUAAAGCCUGACAGAGGCUUAAGCAGUGGGGGCAAAGGCUCUGAGAAGCAGGAAUCCAAAAACCUAAAACAAGAACUUCGAGGCCGUGGACGUGGCAUUCUGAUUCUGCCCGCCCAUACCACCCUAUCUGUCAGUUCAGCCGGUUCUCCAGAAUCUGCACCUUUGGGACCUCGGCUUUUAUUUGGAUCUGGUAGUAAGGGAUCUCGGAGUUGGGGCCGAGGAGGCACCACUCGACGAUUAUGGGACCCAAACAAUCCUGAUCAGAAACCUGCUCUAAAGAGCCAGACACCCCAGCUACAUUUCUUAGACACUGAUGAUGAAGUCAGCCCUACCUCUUGGGGUGAUUCCCGCCAGGCCCAAGCAUCUUACUAUAAGUUUCAAAACUCUGACAACCCCUAUUAUUACCCGCGGACACAAGGCCCUGCCUCUCAGUAUCCUUAUACCGGCUACAGCCCUCUGCAGUACCCCGUGGGCCCUACGAAUGGUGUGUACCCUGGGCCUUACUACCCAGGCUAUCCAACUGCAUCAGGACAGUACGUCUGUGGCCCUCUCCCUGCCAGCACCAUGAGUCCCGAGGAGAUGGAACAGCACAUGAGGAACAUGCAGCAGCAGGAGCUCCAUAGGCUUCUCCGGGUGGCUGACAACCAGGAACUGCAGCUCAGCAACCUGCUCUCCAGGGACCGGAUCAGUCCUGAGGGCCUGGAGAAGAUGGCUCAGCUCAGAGCUGAACUGCUGCAGCUAUAUGAGCGCUGUAUCCUAUUAGAUAUUGAGUUCUCUGAUAAUCAGAAUGUGGAUCAGAUCCUGUGGAAGAAUGCUUUCUAUCAGGUGAUUGAGAAGUUCAGACAGCUUCUCAAGGAUCCGAAUGUUGAGAACCCUGAGCAGAUUCGGAACAGACUUUUGGAGCUCUUGGAUGAGGGUAGUGACUUCUUUGAUAGUUUGCUUCAGAAGCUGCAGGUUACUUACAAGUUCAAACUGGAGGACUACAUGGAUGGUCUUGCCAUUCGCAGCAAGCCAUUACGCAAGACAGUAAAAUAUGCUUUGAUCAGUGCCCAGCGAUGUAUGAUUUGCCAAGGAGAUAUCGCUAGGUAUCGGGAACAAGCCAAUGACACAGCAAACUACGGGAAAGCACGCAGUUGGUACCUAAAGGCCCAGCAUAUUGCUCCUAAGAAUGGGCGCCCCUAUAACCAGUUGGCUCUGCUGGCAGUGUAUACGAGGAGGAAGCUUGAUGCUGUCUAUUACUAUAUGCGCAGUUUAGCUGCCAGCAACCCUAUCCUGACUGCCAAGGAGAGUCUCAUGAGCUUGUUUGAGGAGACCAAACGAAAGGCAGAACAGAUGGAAAAAAAGCAACACGAGGAAUUGGAACUGAGCCCUGACCAGUGGCGGAAAGGAAAGAAGUCUACUUUCCGGCAUGUUGGAGAUGACACCACUCGCUUAGAGAUUUGGAUCCAUCCAUCACAUCCCCGGUCCUCCCAGGGCACUGAAUCUGGGAAGGAUUCUGAGCAGGAGAAUGGGCUGGGGAGCCUGAGCCCAAGUGAUCUGAACAAAAGGUUCAUCCUCAGUUUUCUCCAUGCCCAUGGGAAGCUGUUUACCCGGAUUGGGAUGGAGACAUUCCCUGUGGUGGCUGAGAAGGUCCUCAAGGAGUUCCAGGUGCUGCUGCAGCACAGCCCCCCUCCUAUUGGAAGUACCCGGAUGCUGCAGCUUAUGACCAUCAACAUGUUUGCUGUACACAACUCUCAGCUGAAAGACUGCUUCUCGGAGGAGUGUCGCUCUGUGAUCCAGGAGCAAGCCGCAGCGUUGGGCUUGGCCAUGUUUUCUCUCCUGGUGCGGCGCUGCACCUACUUGCUCAAGGAGUCUGCCAAAGCUCAGUUGUCCUCUCCUGAGGAUGAGGAUGACCAAGAUGACAUCAAGGUGUCUUCCUUCGUCCCGGACCUGAAGGAACUGCUCCCCAGUGUGAAAGUCUGGUCAGACUGGAUGCUCGGCUACCCAGACACCUGGAAUCCUCCACCCACGUCCCUGGACCUUCCCUCACAGGUUGCUAUGGAUGUGUGGUCGAUGCUGGCUGAUUUCUGUAACAUAUUGACUGCGGUGAAUCAGUCUGAGGUGCCACUGUACAAGGACCCGGACGAUGACCUCACCCUUCUUAUCCUGGAAGAGGAUCGGCUUCUCUCCGGCUUUGUCCCCUUGCUAGCUGCCCCUCAGGACCCCUGCUACGUGGAGAAAACCUCGGAUAAGGUUAUUGCAGCUGACUGCAAAAGGGUCACAGUGCUGAAGUAUUUUCUGGAAGCCCUUUGUGGACAAGAAGAGCCUCUGCUGGCAUUCAAGGGUGGAAAAUAUGUGUCAGUGGCACCCGUCCCAGACACCAUGGGAAAGGAAAUGGGAAGCCAAGAGGGAAAACAACUGGAAGAUGAGGAGGAGGACGUGGUGAUUGAAGACUUUGAGGAAGAUUCAGAGGCCGAAGGCAGCGGGGGUGAAGAUGACAUCCGGGAACUUCGGGCCAAGAAGCUGGCUCUGGCCAGGAAGAUAGCCGAGCAGCAGCGACGCCAAGAAAAGAUCCAGGCUGUCCUGGAGGACCAGAGUCAGAUGAGGCAGAUGGAGCUCGAGAUCAGACCCUUGUUCCUUGUACCAGACACCAACGGCUUCAUUGACCACCUGGCCAGUCUGGCACAGCUGCUGGAGAGCAGGAAAUACAUCCUGGUGGUGCCCCUCAUCGUGAUCAAUGAACUGGAUGGCCUCGCCAAGGGGCAGGAGACAGACCACCGGGCUGGGGGCUAUGCCCGUGUGGUGCAGGAGAAGGCCCGAAAGUCCAUCGAGUUCCUCGAGCGGCGAUUUGAGAGUCGGGACUCCUGCCUACGGGCCCUGACCAGCCGUGGCAAUGAACUCGAAUCCAUCGCCUUCCGCAGUGAAGAUAUCACUGGCCAGCUGGGUAACAAUGAUGACCUGAUCCUCUCCUGUUGCCUCCACUACUGCAAAGACAAGGCUAAGGACUUCAUGCCCACCAACAAAGAGGAGCCAAUCCGGCUGCUGCGGGAGGUGGUGUUGUUGACAGAUGACCGCAACCUGCGCGUGAAGGCACUAACAAGGAAUGUGCCUGUGCGGGACAUCCCGGCUUUCCUCGCGUGGGCCCAGGUGGGCUGAGGGGGCCGCACCGGGGCCCCCCGCCAUGAAACCAUUCCUGAGAGGCCGCCAGGUGCCCAGCGUAGCACCGAAGAUGCCCACGUGCCUGAGCCACCAAUCCACCCAGACAAUAAACCAUCCUCUUCCAACCCACGCCGUGGCCGUGCUGUGGGGGAGCUGCUCCUCACAGAGCCCCUCCUGAGGGUCAGGCGGAAGCUGCUGGGACCCUCCUGGGCUGCCAAGAUUUAGCAGGGAGGUAGCUGGCUGCAGUGACAUCAGUGAGAGCAGGUGGGUGAGCCGGAGAGGCCGCCCACGGUCUCGGCCUUUCUCCCUCCCCCUGUCUAGUUCAAGGGCUUGCAGAAGGCCUUCUCAGGCCAGGGACUCAGCCGCUUUCUCAGCUGGAGACAGGGCAGGGGGUUGUGUUUCCAUCAGGUGCAGGUGAAACGAUAGGUCCCCUUAAUCUUCAGAACCCCUGUACCAAAUGUGUCCCAAGAGGCCUUGGUCAUGCCAUGAAGAGAGUGCCCAGGGUGUGUCUCUCUGAGACCUGGAUUCCCAGAUGGACCCAAAGUUGGAUUCUGGACACCAUGUCCCAUAAAGCAGCCCUAGGCCCCACCUUUUCUACCCCCUACCCCAAACACACAUCCAUCCUGCCGCUCUUCUUCCUGUCCUUCUCAUUCUGGGUCCAUUAAUGCUUUGUCCCUUAUUCCCCCUUGGAUAGUCAUGGGUCUAGAGGGAAGGGACAUCUGGUCUUGGGCUUAUGCUUCCUGGGAGGCCUUUGCCUGCUCCUCUUACUCAUUGGCCUUCCUUUUGCUCUAGUUCCCAUUUCAUGAAAUUUCCUCAGAUUCUUCUCAGUUCCCCACUCCUCUCUCCUCCCUCUCUCCCUCCUGAAUCAUCCCCUUGGCCUCCUUGCCUUUCUAGUUGAUCCCUCUUACCUCCCUGAUCCCCUCAAAUUCUUCACCUCAGGUCCUUGCCAUUGGGGUUCCCAGUCUGAAUCUUCCUCCUCUUCCAGUACCUCUGCCUUCUCUGUGCCAGGAACCUAACAAAGCUUUCCUGCCCUGACCUCCUUUCUCAGGCCCCUGUGCUCUGAGAAACUUCCAGGCUCCUCCAGCCCAGCCUUGAGGGUAGGGUGGGCCAGUGCCUGAGAGGAGCAUUUGCCUAGCCCAGCGCGUACACCCUUUCUAGCUUUGCCCUAGAAGAACUUGACACAGGGGCCUUAUGGCCUUUAAGGGUUUUGUUGCCUCUCUAGCUGGCACCUGUGUCCAAAGCCUCACUUGAGGGGCUUCCUACUGGGAAUGGGUUCUCCCAACCCCAGGACAGGGAUGAAAGGAACUAGGAGAAAGACAGGACUUUGAGAAGGAGCCAGGAGUCAGUUUUGGUGGGACCAGAGUGGGAAUCCCCCAGAGCUCCCUGUCUGGACUGUACAGCCUUCCCAGAGGAUGGGCGCACAGCUGUACCCUCCCUGAGGCCCAAGAUUAUACCAGGAGGAGGGGGUACUGUGCAGGAGAGCCACCAGUGUUUUGGGGUUGUGAGUCCCCCAAGGGCCUCAGAAGACUGGCUCUUUGGGGUAGAGGGUCCCAGCCUCUCUUUUGAGAUCCUUCCCCUGGAUGAAGGCCAAUGACUGGGUGGGUGGGAGACCCAUCUCCUCUCUGUCCCAUUUGCAGCACUGGUUUUGUUUCCUUAAUAAAUUUUUAGUUAUGAACAUG